GUUGCACGUGGAACUUAGCUUUUAAUUCAGAAGACUCGUGCAAGCGUCAGGAUGAGGUUGUAGGUGACGAGAGAGCUUAAAGUGAAGAAGAAAAUAAACCCUUGUGUGAGCAAUAAGUACCAAAAAAGUAAUACUGGUUUGCAUAAUUAAAUUAUAGUUUACCUCUAGAGGUAACGUUGAUAGAGUCAAUAUAUUAGAUAGAGAUUAGAAAAAAAAAUUCCACAAACGACAUCUGCAGAUCGACGGUGCACUGUGCGUCCAAAGCUUUUCAAAUCAAUCAAAGUCGCUCACAUUCUUCAACGACAAAAGUCUUAGAUAUACGCAUUCAUACAGUCGCCAUUGUUUCAAUUUUUAAAUACAGCCAUGAACUACGCCGGAUUUUCAUCUGCCGUCCGUACAUUAGUGUUCUGGGUGUUGCUGGUCCUGCUGGACAGCGUGAUGGGAGGGCAGGUUACCAGCCUCUUCUCCAAGGUUGGCGGGAGCUUCGUGGAGAAAGAGUGUCUCUUGUCGACCGUCGUGCCAGCCACGACCGGCAUGGACUUGCGGAGAGCCUGCAGCAGCAUCUGCAUGCUGACUGCCAGCUGUAGCUUCUUCUGCAGUCUUACGAGUACAGGUACAUGUGCGCUGUUCAAAGCGUUCGUCGCCGUGCGUUGGCAGGGCCAUCAGGUUUCAACAACAGGAACAAAGUACGACGCUUGCUACACGUCGUGGGGGGACCCCCGGGACAUAGUCAAGACAAACUCACCCUUCACUUACUCCACGGCUCUGACAAUUUACUACCCGCAGUUUGCUACCGAUGGAUACGCUUGCGUCGCCCCCGCAUACUUCGUUACAGGACUCUAUACGAACAGCUUCUCGCAGAUUGAUUUGCAACAGACCACUCGAGUACAGAAAGUGAUUGCAGCCACGGCCUGGCCACGUCACAUUAUUGACAUGGACGUGAUCCUCAGCAACACGAGUGACUUUAACCUCGGCCAGAAAAUAGGACGAGUUGUCGGAGACACGCCGGCAUGGUCGACGUACACCAUCGUCACCAACAGCAGCGUGGCAGGACGGUACAUCACCUUCUACCAGAUAGCAAUGAAUCACCAUGGCUACGCCGACAUACAAAUCAUUCCUCAGCCUUAAGUCUCUCUAAGAGACAAUGCACUAAUUGGUCUGCUUGGCAUCGACUUACAUUUUAAAUUACGAACCCUGCAAUAGAACGUUCAGUACCUACUUUUGAACCCAUGUAGCAAAUAAAGAAGGGCAAUGAGAAUUUCACACAAUGCCAAAAAUAAAUGUUGAUACUAGAUUUUGAUGAGAGGAAUCUCCGAUGAUAAUGAUGAUAUGCAAUAACCUAUACCACAGCCCUGGAGCCCAAGCCAGACUUAGCAUUUAAUAAAUACAUUCAGCCUGAGAACCUGAAGCCGCAGAUAACGCCGGAACACCGUAAUCUAGAUCAGUAACACACUGCUCAAAGGUAAUCGCAUAGUAUAGGUUUUGGCCAAUACUUGAACAAACUCGCCAAAUGCAGUUUGUUCAGCAUCUGGCCUCAUCUACUCCGUCCCAACCUCUUUUGGUCUUGUCUAUUCAUCCUGCUCAGAAUAGCAACUUGCAGCCAAUGACUGUUCUACCUGCUUACUCGAUCCGCGUCUCUAACUUCCAGCAGUCAAUGAAUAUAAAUGAGGUCCUCUUAGAUAUGUUUUCGGUGGAAAAAUGUUGCAACUUGAGUAGGUUAGGCUUGAAGAGGUUAGGCCUGUGUAGGUUAGACCAGAUGCGGUUUUGACCAUGCUUAACUUAGCAUGCUUAUUGCUUAAUCUGUGGCUGUGGACAUGCGGUGUUAUGGCUUGAAUCACUUGACUUCAUGAGCUGCUGUGCCCUCGAGCGUUCUUACCCACGGGGAGGAGUAUGAACUAAAGUUUGAAACUGGGUAAGGUGGCAUCCUGUAAGUGCCAUUAGCCAGGUGAGGUGAAUUUUUCCAGGGAGCAAUAAUGUUCAUUGACAUGCUCAGCAAAUUUAACUGAAAAAUAUUCUGACGGAAUCCAAUAAUAUUUAUUGUGAUAAGUGUUAAAGCAAAGUUGACCCCGAAAUUAUUCUGAAGCGCCUUGGGCGGUGGCGCCAUUUUGCCCAUGUUAGGUGUGCAUGAGCCGUAGGCAAUUUUUGGUUUAAAAAUAAUUAUUUUUACUGGAUGAAUGUAGUUGCACCAGCAGGGCAAACAUUUCUGUUUUGGCAGCUCAUUAACUUCAGCGACUGAUUAUUUAUUUUGAGAUUUUCGUGUGGCAACGUGUUUUAGAAUAGUAGUUUUUUGUAGUAGUAAGUAGUAGUAGUAGU